CUAACACGAUACUUGCCAUUUACUCAUCUAACAGCUCGACGGACAUGAAAUGAUCCCUGUUGAGGCUGCUAUGCAGGUGUGGACCCAUCACUAGUCCCGUGGAUUUUUUUUGGGAGCGGACAAAACGUGUACGGUAACUCGGCCACCUCGUCGGGCCUAACGUUAGGUCUAUCAAAAGUUGCGCCGACGCGAAAAUGUGGCUUGCGAUUACGGUCAUCGAUGGAUUUAUGGCUUCAUGAUGGGAGUAUAUGUAGGAAGGCUUGCGCCUUUGUAAAUAGAAUCAUCACAGCUUCAUCAAACGGUCUUCUAUACAAGCGACUUCCAAUUGGUCAACGACGACCAUCUAGCCUAACACCUGUACUACUGUUAUAAGUACUCGACCCACGACAUUCCUGGCGACAUCGAUCAAGAUGUCGGCCCCUAACAACACUGGCGUCUUAGCCAAUGAAUCUGCCAAAGAAGCCCUGCCGUCAACCCCCAGCGAGGAGUCGAUAUCAGAGAAGUCAACACCAUCCACAGAUGCCGAAGCUUUCAACCCGGGAUGGAGAUUCAUCGCUGCCUUUGGCAGCCUGUGUGUCAUAGUUUUGAUGUCUGCACUUGACGCAACUUCACUUUCAGUCGCCCUCCCGGUUAUGGCAAGAGCCCUUGGAGGUUCUGCCAUCGAAGCGUUCUGGAGCGGAACGUCAUUCCUUCUCACCUCGACUGUAUUCCAGCCCGUCAUCGGCUCCUUCUCGCACAUCUUCGGCCGCAAGCCCCUCAUCUACCUGAGUCUGGCUUUCUUCCUCGCCGGAGCCAUUGUCGCUGCGGUGGCCAACAACUUUACUCUCAUUCUGGUUGGGCGGAGCAUCCAGGGAAUCGGUGGUGGAGGGAUCAUCUGCUUAACGGAGAUUGUGGUCACCGAUAUGGUGCCUCUGAGGGAGCGAGGGAAAUGGUUUUCCAUGUUCAGCGCCAUGUGGUCUAUCGGCACGGUCGCUGGUCCUUUGUUGGGUGGUGCCUUCUCGCAAAGCGUCUCAUGGCGAUGGGUGUUCUGGAUCAACCUGCCUUUCAUCUUCGUUGGGGGUUUGCUCAUUACCAUCUUCUUGCAACUCAACUAUAAGACGAGUUCCCUCCUCGCAAAGCUUCGACGCGUGGACUGGCUCGGCAUGUUCCUGUUCCUUACCUCGACUACUGGCUUCUUGAUUCCCAUUACCUGGGGUGGAGUUCAAUACCCUUGGGAUAGCUGGAGGACCCUGGUGCCAUUGAUCCUCUGCGCAUUCGGAAUGGCCGCCUUCAUCGUACACCAAGAAUACUUCGCCGCCGAGCCUCUCAUCCGCACCAGUGUUUUCAAGAAUCGCACGGCUGCGAUCACUUACCUCUCCGCCGUUAUCCACGGCAUUAUCCUCUGGUCCAUACUCUACUACCUUCCGCUCUACUUUCAAGCAGUCAAGGGAAUGUCACCGAUCAUGUCUGGCGUUGCCAUCUUCCCGUGGACUUUCACUGUCGCUCCAGCGGCGGGCAUUUCAGGGUUCCUCAUCGCAAAGACAGGACAGUACCGUACGAUAACGUGGAUCGGGUGGUUCCUCGCAACCUUCGGAAACGGACUGCUCGUCUACCUCAAGACUGAGACCAAAACAGUGGCCUGGAUCUUCUUGAACUUGGUCGGUGGAACAGGUGCCGGUAUGCUCUUUGCAUCUAUGGCUAUCGCGGUGCAAGCGUCUGCGUCCAACGCGGACCAGGCGUACGCUGCCAACAUGUUCUCCUUCCUGCGGGCCUUUGGUCAGACACUUGGUGUUGCCAUCGGUGGUGUCGUCUUCCAGAAUCAGGCCAAGAGAAAGAUGCUCACAUACCCUCUGCUCGCAGACAAAGCAGCCGAGUACAGCCAAGACGCUGCUGGGCUGGUGGAGCUCAUCAAGAGUCUCCCUGCCGACUCUCCGAUGAAGCUGCAACUUCGCGAGUCCUACACCGAGGGACUCAGGUAUGUAUGGAUUGUCAUGACAGUCUUCGCCUUUGUGGCAUUCAUCGCGAACUUCUGGAUCAAGGCGUACUCUCUGGACGCCGCACUGGAGACUGAACAGGGUUUCAAGGAGAAGAGAAAGAGUCAGGACGUCGAGCAGGAGCCUUAGGCGCAGCGAGACGUAAACUUGACUCGGAAAGGCAAGUCGGAUGUAGACCGAAGUAGAUGUUUUCUUCUCUUACUGUACGGCAUCAGCGCGGCGUUGGCAUAGAUUGGUCGCAUGCGAGUAUUGUGGGACUUUUCCAUGUUAGAUAGUACGACCUCACUCACAGCAAUGAGUGUGACAUAAUGUAAUUCACGGACCCUCUUC